AUGCGUAAGUGUAAGGUUUUCGUUGGUAAUUCUCACCCUGAAUUAGGUAAGCUUGUCUGUGAAAGACUAGGUAUUGAACCGGCUCCAUGUUCUUUAAAGAAGUUUGCAAAUGGUGAAACUUCCGUCCAAAUUGGUGCUUCUGUUCGUGACGAGGAUGUCUACGUUAUUCAAUCAGGCUCUCCAACUGUAAACGAUCAUAUUAUGGAAUUGUUGAUCCUAGUCUCCGCCUGUAGAGGUGGUUCCGCUAGAAAAAUCACUGCUGUUAUUCCUCAAUUUCCUUACUCUAAACAAUGUAAGAUGAAGAAACACAGAGGUGCCAUUACUGCUAGAAUGUUAGCUAACUUGUUGAUUAUGGCAGGUGCGGACCAUGUUGUCUCUAUGGAUUUACAUGCUUCCCAAAUGCAAGGUUUCUUCACAAAACCCGUGGAUAACCUGUAUGGUGGUCCAAGUUUGGCUAAAUGGAUUAGAGAAAACGUUCCUGAUUAUAAAGAUGCCGUCGUUGUUUCUAAGAAUCCAGGUGGUACUAAGAGAGUCACUGCUCUAGCAGACUCUUUAAAGAUCAAUUUUGCAAUGAUUCACACCGAUCGUCGUCGUGCUAAGGAUCUAUAUUCCCAAAACAAGGAUCUACAACAACUAAGACUAAGAAAACAGUCAAUGCUAAGAAAAAGUAGACCUAUCGUAAGACAGGGUGAUGAUCCAAACGAGGAAGAAAAUAUCAUCUUUAGUAACGGUAUCCAAACAGCCAGAAUUCGUAACGGCCAUGUCAUUGGUGACGAGGAAGCUGAUGAAGAAGCUGAUGAAGUCGCUAUGGAAUCUGAUGAAGGUGACGAAUCUACUCCCGUUGCUCCAAGCGAUUCGUAUGCCCUUGGCGGUACAUAUGAUGCCCUAGACUCUGAGGAUGAAGAAGAUGAAGAAGAAGAGAUCCACAAGGAAAAAUUGAUUACAUUAGUCGGUAACGUCCGUGACCGUGCUGCUAUUAUUCUAGAUGACAUGAUCGAUAGACCAGGUUCCUUUAUUAGUGCUGCUGAACAUUUGGUCCAAAAUUGUGGUGCUAAAAGAGUCUACGUUGUGGCCACUCACGGUAUAUUUACAGGCGACUGUUUAGAGGAAUUAGAAAAGUGUGAGUACAUCCAUCAAAUUAUUGUCACUAACACAUUCCCAAUUGCUGUAGAACGUCUAAGCAGUUCUAAGAAAUUAGUCAGUAUUGAUGUUUCACCAAUAUUUGCCGAAUGUAUUCGUCGUGAUCAUUACGGUGAGAGUAUCUCUGUUUUGUUUGAUUCUUUGGCAUCUAUAUAA